UUCAAACUUUCGUGAGUCAAGUCGAAAUUACGUUCGGGGGUAUCGGUGUUCAUCCGAUCUAUCGGAAAUAGAAUUAGGGUUUUAAGUUUAGCCCCAAAUUGAAUAAAAACCUUCUCCGUCCUCUUCUCUCGUGCGUAAUAAGUAACAUCCAGCCAUAAUCCAAGAUUUCAGCACCAAUUUACAUCCAGUGUCGAUUUUAAUUGACUGAGAAAUACCACCUGGUUCGUUAAGCCCUAAUUAAUUCCAAGCAAUGGCUCAGCCCAACAAUACUGCUGGAGUUGACAACACUUUCAGAAGGAAAUUCGACAAAGAAGAGUAUCUGCAACGCGCUCGUGAGCGUGAAGAAAAGGAGUUGGAAGGCCGUUCUAAAUCAAAAGGUCCUCCAGUGCAAAGGAAACCCUUGAAGCAUAGAGAUUAUGAAGUGGACCUCAACUCUCGCUUGGGGAAGACUCAGGUUGUCACUCCAAUUGCACCCCUUAGCCAGCAGGCUGGAUACUUCUGCUCUGUUUGUGAAUGUGUAGUGAAAGACUCUGCAAACUAUUUGGACCAUAUCAAUGGGAAGAAACAUCAAAGAGCCUUGGGAAUGUCUAUGCGUGUAGAACGUGCAUCUCUUGAACAGGUACAGCAGCGAUUUGAAAACCUGAAGAAGCGAAAAGAUCCUGGAACCUUCACUGAGCAAGAUCUUGAUGACCGGAUCUUAAAACAACAGCAAGAAGAGGAGGAAAAGAAGCGUCAAAGGCGAGAAAGGAAAAAGGAAAAGAAGAAAGAGAAGGCAGUAGAGGAGGAAAUCGAGGUGGACCCCGAUGUUGCAGCUAUGAUGGGAUUUGGAGGUUUUGGUUCUUCCAAAAAGUAAAACAAGACUGACUAUACCUGUUUUAAGUUCUUAAUCACAACUGCAUCAACAAGUUGAUCUGUAAGUUGUAUAUUGUAUUGCUCAUCUUAUGCCUUAUACAAAGCACCAGAACAUGUUCCCUA